AUGAAGACAAGCGGAGCUGUGGUUCCUACAAAAGACAUGCGUGGUGAACAUGAAAACCGACCAAAUACACUUAGCGCUGACCAAGAACAGUCAGUAAGAAAUCAUAUUGAAGCAAUACCAAAAUAUCAGAGUCAUUAUAGUAGAGCCAAUAACAUGAAUGAAACCUAUCUUAACUGCGAUAUGUCGAUUGCAGGCCUGUAUAAGGAGUACUAUGUUCCGUGGUGUCAGCAACAAAACAUCGAACCUGUAAAAGAGAGUGCCUAUCGCAAAAUAUUUUGCAGUGAAUACAAUAUUGGUUUUAAGCUGCCAAAGUCUGCACACCUAAAAGUGUGGCUCUAUAACCUUGGAGUACACGACAGCACAGCUGGCCAAGGUUACAUGUAUUUAUGGAUAGAAAACCAGGCUAAACGUGGAGCAGAUGAAGUUGCUUCUGUUAUUUUUAAAUUUCUUAAGAGUAAAAGUGAGGUGGACCAUCCUAUUAUAUACACAAAUAACUGUCCUGGCCAAAAUAAAAAUUGGCUACUUAUGGCAUUUGGGCUACAGCUAGUUGAAGAGAAAAGGUUUAAAACAAUAACUCAUCGGUUCCUUGUUAGCGGUCAUACGCAUUUACCUUCAGAUAGGGACUUCGCAUUAAUAGAAAAGAGGCACAGGAAGUAUGCUCCGGAAAUUUACUCUCCAGAAGGUUGGCAUAAAAUCAUUAAAGAUGCAAAUAGCAAGAACUCCUUUAAUGUCACAGUUAUGAAGCAAAAUAAUUUCUUCAGUUUUGAUCCUAUUUAA